AUGGGGGAAGCCCUGUUUGAGCUGCUGGAGAAAUUUUCCCUGAAGAACUACAAUGUUAGCAAGCAGGAAAUUAUAGACGCCUCACAUGUUAGAACGUCUGGAGGAUUAGAACGAAUGCCUCCGGUCCUAGGAAUAUCUGCUAAGAAGGAUUUGUUUUUAAUGGUUAUUCUGAUACUGACAAAGCUGUAUGAUUUCAACCUGGGCAGUGUGACGGAGAGCUCCCUCUGGAGGUCAACAGAUUAUGGAACAACCUAUGAAAAGUUUAAUGAAAAGGUGGGGCUGAAAACCGUCCUCAGCUAUCUCUAUGUGAGCCCCACCAACAAGAAGAAGGUAAUGCUCCUGAGUGAUCCUGAUGUGGAGAGCAGUAUACUGAUUAGCUCCGAUGCUGGAGCCAUGUACCAGAAAUACAGACUCAACUUCUACAUUCAGAGUCUGCUCUUCCACCCCAAGCAGGAAGACUGGGUGUUGGCGUAUAGCCUGGACCAGAAGCUUUACAGCUCAAUGGACUUUGGAAGAAGAUGGCAUCUAAUGCACGAGAGGAUAACCCCAAACAGAUUCUACUGGUCGGUAAUGGGCUUAGAUAAGGAGCCUGACCUUGUGCAUAUGGAAGCGCGGACCGCUGAUGGACAUGCUCAUUAUGUAACCUGCAGGAUCCAAGAAUGUGCGGAGACGACCAAGACUGGCCCUUUCUCCCGUUUUAUCGAUACCAAUUCCUUGGUGGUACAAGAUGAAUAUGUCUUCAUUCAGGCAACCUCCGGUGGAAGAGCGAGCUACUUUGUAUCGUACAAGCGGGAAGCAUUUGCUCAAAUUAAGCUUCCAAAAUAUUCUCUUCCAAAGGACAUGCAUAUCAUCAGCACCGAUGAAAAACAGGUGUUUGCUGCCGUUCAAGAGUGGAACCAGAAUGAGACCUACAACCUUUACAUCUCAGACACGAGGGGCGUCUAUUUCACACUUGCGCUGGAAAACGUCAAGAGCAGUCGUGGCCUCGAAGGAAACAUCGUCAUCGACCUUUAUGAGGUAGCUGGGAUAAAUGGGGUGUUCUUUGCCAACAAAAAGGUUGAUGAACAUGUGAAGACUUUUAUCACCUACAACAAGGGCCGGGACUGGCGCCUGCUGCCCGCACCAGACAUUGAUUUAAAGGGGAAUCCAAUCAACUGUCUGCUGCCGUUCUGCUCCCUACACUUCCACUUGCAGAUGUCUGAGAAUCCCUAUAAUUCCGGGAGCGUAUCCAGCAAAGCAACUGCACCUUGGCUCAUUGUGGCCUCAGGUAACUUUGGGCCUGAGCUCUCCUCUACAGACACCAAUAUGUUCAUCUCAUCAGAUGGUGGAAAUACAUGGAAGCAUAUUUUUGAAGAAGAAUACAACAUUUGGUUUUUAGACUGGGGAGGUGCCUUGGUAGCGAUGAAGCACACCUCUCUGCCCGUGCGCCAGUUGUGGCUCAGCUUUGAUGAGGGGCGGUCGUGGAGUAAGUACGGCUUUACAUCUGCUCCCUUGUUUGUCGAUGGGGCAUUGGUGGAACCCGGAGUAGAAAAUCAAAUAAUGACGGUCUUCGGACAUUUUAGUCUUCUCUCAGAAUGGCAGCUGGUGAAGGUGGAUUACAAGUCCAUUUUUGGACGGAAGUGUAAUGAAAAUGACUUUGAAAAUUGGCAUCUACACAACCAGAGAGAUUUCUGUGUAAUGGGAGAGAGGAAAACCUAUCGAAAGAGGAGACCCGGAUCCAAGUGUCUGCUGGGAAAAGACUACCUGAGGACCAUCACAGAGCCCUGUCUCUGCUCACACUGGGAUUUUGAGUGUGACUACGGCUAUGAGAGACAAGGAAAGAACCAGUGCACGCCGGCCUUCUGGUUUAACCCAGCAUCGAUCUGGAAAGACUGCGGUCAGGGACAGAGCUACCUCCGGAGCAGCGGAUAUCGGAGGAUUGUGUCCAAUAACUGCACGGACGGAUUACGGGAGCAGUUCUCCCCCAAGCCCCAGGCCUGCUUAGGAAGAGCUCCACAAGGACUGCAGCUCACCACUACUGAUGGCAAACUGGGGGUGCAGAGCGGGCAGAACGUCACCUUCCUCGUUCACCUGGAGGAGGGAGAUCUGCAAAGAACAAAUAUUCAGCUGGACUUUGGAGAUGGGAGCGCUGUGUCUUAUGCCAAUUUUAGUAAGAUUGAAGAUGGUAUCCGUCAUGUGUAUAAGAACCCAGGAAUAUAUCAAGUCACAGCCUACGCGGAAAACAAUGUUGGCAUUGACAGUGAUGUCCUCUACCUUCAUGUUACUUGUCCUAUUGAGCACAUCCACCUGAGAGUGCCUUUCGUUGCCAUUCGAAAUAAAGAAGUCAACAUCAGUGCUGUGGUUUGGCCGUCUCACCCUGGAACGCUCACUUAUUUUUGGUGGGUCGGAAACAAUACCAAGCCCCUGAUCACCCUGGACAGCAGCAUCUCCCUGACCUUCCAUAUGGAAGGUACCAAUACCAUCGCUGUGCAGGUGUCUUCUGGAAACACUCUCAUUCAGGACACCAAAGACAUUGCCGUACACGAGUAUUUCCAGUCACAGCUGUUGUCAUUUUCUCCGAACCUGGAUUUUCACAAUCCCGACAUCCCCGAGUGGAGGCAAGACAUCAGCAAGCUCAUUAAGAAGGCUCUGAUACAGGUGACCAAUAUUCCCGAAGAGCAUAUUCUUGUGGCCAUGUUCCCGGGUCUACCAACAUCAGCGGAACUUUUUAUUUUACCCCCAAAAAAUGUAAGCGAAAGGAGAAAAGGAAGUAAAGCAGACCUGGAGCAUAUUGUAGAAUCUCUUUUUAGUGCCCUCAAUCAAAAUCUAAUAAUGUUUGAGCUUAAACCAGGAGUCCAGAUAUUUGUCUAUGUUACUCAACUUACUUUAGCCCCAUUGGUGGAUAACAGCGCCAGUCACAACAGCUCUGCCAUGUUAAUGCUUCUUUCUGUCGUGUUUGUGGGUUUGGCAGUUUUUUUAAUCUACAAAUUUAAAAGGAAAAUCCCAUGGAUUAAUAUCUACGCUCAGGUACAACACGAUAAAGAACAGGAAAUGAUCGGGUCCGUCAGCCAAAAUGACAGCGCACCCAAAAUAUCGCUCAGCAACUUCACGGAGGAGGAGCUGACGGACAAGGAACUGGACGGGCGAGUCAUCGGUACCAUCUCUACGAUUGCAAACAGCGAAAGCACAAAAGAAAUCCCCAACUGUACCAGUGUUUAA